UUAAACUUUACAUGUUUUCUAAUUGAUGUUAAGUCUUACGUCUUGAAAAAUAAUUUGAGAAACGGAUUAUAUUGUCUUCAAAAUGACAAGUAAAAUUGAAGAUAUUAUUUUUAAAGACGUAAACAAGUAAAAGUGAACGAACGGAGGAACCGACUUAAGAAAGAAAAUGCAUGAAUCUUCCAUCAUCAUCAUCUCUUCUUUCUUUCAUUUUUCUCCAGAUUCUUCAUCCAUCUUCAAAAAAAAAAAACCACAAAAAGAUGAGGAAUAAUAGUAGUAAAACAUCUUUUUCAGACACUAAAAUUGCCACUUUAUUCACUGUUACUUUGUUCUUUCUUGAUAAUAGUGAUUCAUUCAAGAACAAGCCAAGAAUCACCUUCAACUUUUUCACUUCUAAAAAAUGGAAAAACUUAAAAAAUCUUGCAAAUCUGAAGAAGAAGAACAUCAAAAUCUCUUAAACCAAGCUGAAAAAUCCAAUCUUUCUAUGUUUAGAGAAACCCCAAAACCCCUAAAAGAAACUGAAAUGUUCAUUUCUGUAGAACCCCAUUUCACCAAGAAUGAUAGUAAUGAUAAAGAUUUCAACUUUAUCACAGAAUCACAACAAGAAGUUUUGGUUUGCAGUUCCACCUCUUCUUUUAGAAAAAAAUCAAAUCUUUUGGUAAACAGGACAAAAUCAAGGCUAAUGGAACCAUCUGAGCAAGAUCAGAGGUCUGGGGUUUUGUUAAAAGAUAGUGAAAUUGAAGAAGAUGACCUCUUUUCAGAUGAGGAUUUGAAAGUGAAGUUUAGCUUAUUAACUAUUCUUCAGCUGGUGAACGCAUUUAGAGAGCGAAGGGCGCUUGCUCUGUCGUUAAAUGACACUAAGACUGCUGUAAACAAGCUUCAUCAAAUGUUAAAUGUCCUUGUGGCGAUAAUCAUAUUGGUCAUCUGGCUCCUUAUACUCAUAGUUGCUACUAUGCAUUUCUUAGUCUUUUUGAGUUCCCAGAUUCUUCUAGUAGUAUUCGUCUUCGGAAACUCAGCCAAGACGACAUAUGAGGCAAUCAUAUUUUUAUUUGUAAUGCACCCGUUUGAUGUAGGCGAUCGUGUUGAAGUCGAUGGAGUUCAGAUGGUAGUUUAAGAGAUGAAUAUACUGACUACAGUUUUCUUAAGAUAUGAUAACCAAAAGAUCAUAUAUCCAAAUAGUGUCCUAUCGACGAAGCCCAUCAGUAAUUACUAUCGCAGUCCAGACAUGGGAGAUUCAAUCGAUUUCUCCAUUCAUAUCUCAACUCCUACGGAAAAGAUUGCUAUGAUGAAAGAAAAAAUAACAAGGUAUAUCUACGAUACGUAUGUUCAUUUUCCAGAAAAAGUGCUCAUAUUCAUUCUUAUUACUGGGAUACACUUAUAAGAAAAUAGUGUAUAUUUGUUAUAGAGAUAGUUAAUUAUUAUUGGCAUUA